CGCCGCCGAUGGCCGAAGCCUGGAGGCUGGAGGAGGACGAGGAGGAGCUGCGGGAGCUCGGCAGGAGGCACCGGAGGGUCGCGCUGAGCUCGGCGGCAGUGAGAGCAAACUUUUCAGUUGAAGUCACUCUUAGCAACAAGAUGCUUUGAAGAAGCUUGCAAAAUAAACAGAGGAAAAUAAUGGCUCUACUUAGUAUCGCUCAGAAAGAAAUAAACCAGACUGCCGCUCUUCAGGCCAAGGACCUUUGUCAUCCAUAAGAGCGGCAAUCAAGAGAUCACUCAUGAAUAGUGCACAUCCAAAAUGCCCUGUCGAAGAGCUUCUCGGACCUCUAGCCAUAGUGAUCAACAGAGGGAUAGAAGGCGCCCUGAAAUUACAAUAGUUGCUGCUGAACCCCUCCGGCCAUCCUCCUGGUUUCCAGGUGCAAGUCCUGUCACUCCUCAAGGAUUAGGAUUCCCUUCUGCUUCAUCUCAUGCUCAGUGGAGGAGAAAUGAGCAUCUUCCAGCUGAGCUUCCGCCAUCGUACGAGCAGGUGAUAAAAGAAAUCAAUCAAGUGCAAGUCAAUACAACAAAUAACAAUAAUGCUGCUGCUCCUAGACAUACCACUACUUCUGCAACACAAACUGACUUUCCAGAGGAACUAAUCAGUCAUUUGCCAGGAAAUAAUGUAAAAACAAGUGUGCCUGCACACCGGGAAUCUGCAGUCUGCCGAGCAGGGCAGAGUCCUCUUAAACCUCCUAGACCUCCUGUAUCUCUUCUGAGUAAGUCUUCUGCAGAAAAUGAGAAUCCCUUAAUAGUCUUCGAAAAUCCUGAAGGUCAGAGGUGCCAAGAAAAUCCCAGUGCUGUGAUAUGUCCUGUGCCAAAGCCAAGAUCAAGAAGCAAUCUCAGACCUGUGGUCAAAAGUACUGAAAGUAAGAUAGACAGUGAAGAAGAAGUGAACCAGUCUACUGCAAAACAGCAGCAGCCUCCAAUUCAGCAGUCGCCUCUUCUAGAUGAAGACAGCUUACUAGACAAUCACCUGGUGAUGGACAGCAUGAGUACAGAAAGGAGCCAAAAUAGUAUUGUUUCAAGGAUCAAAGUUUUUGAAUCCCAAGGCGCUAAUGAUACCUCAGGAUUAUCAAAAAAGCCAGAAAUUGCCCCUCGUUCGUUUGUCCCAAGAUCUGUUACUACAAAGAAGCCAGUGAUUGCUCCAAAGCCAGGGGUGGGCAGAAUUUCAGAAGAGUGGGAUGCAUGGACCGAAAGCAAAUCAACACCUUCCAAGGAAUUGCAGCCUCAGCCUGAAAUAGUUGGGAGCAGUGUUGUAACCAAACCUGAACUGCCAAAGAAGCCAAAACCUGGCCUUGUUAAAAGUAGCAGUAGUGAUUUUCUCGAUGCAAGGAGUGGAUCAGUUGCAGAAAACAGUGAUGGACAAAAGAGAUUUCCUGUUCCUGCUCCAAGGCCUCUUGUUCCUAAAAAGUCAUGUUACUCAGAAAAUCCUGCUCUUUCUUUGGCCUCACUUAAACCAGUUGCUGCUCCUCCACGGCCUUCUGUAUCUGCCCAAGAAAAAGUUUUUAAGUCUCUGGGGGAAUUGUCCCCUGCAGCCAACUCCUCAGCACCUGCUUUGCAAAAUAAACUAGAUGUGGAAGGAGAUUUGAUCAGUUUUGAUGAUGAUGACGUUUUACCCCUAAGUCCAGCUGGUGGAGUUAAAGAUAGCAUCAGUUCUGAAGCAGCAGCAGAUCCAUUUCAGUUCCUUACCAAAAAUGAACCUGCCAAGGAACAGAUGGCUCAACCAGCUUUAGCUCGGAAACCCACUGUGAUCCGAAUCCCAGCUAAACCCGGGAAAUCUUUAAAUGACAUCCCACAUAGCCCUCCACCACUUCCUGCUGAAAAGCCUAUUGGGAAUACAUCCAGUAUCACAGUGGGGAAACCCAACAGUGGUGACCUAGUGAAAAAAGGGGAGUUGGAUCACUCAGAACAGGGUGGAGUGCCUCAGCUAGAGCCUUUACUACCCCCAAGGCCUGUGGAUGGAAAAAUUAUACCUGCUCGACCUCCCCCACCUAAAAGUGUUCCUGGAAGGCCACCUCCACCAAAAUUCUCUGCAGCCAAGACCUCCUCCCAGAAGGAUGUUCUUUCGCGAUCUAGUUCUGACAUCGCUUCUGAUAAAAAAAACAACAAGUUCAGGUUGGGACCUAAGAGAGCAAAAAGUGCAGUCUUUAGAAGUCCAGAUCCAGCAUUACCUCCUAGACCUAAACCGGGUCAUCCUCUCUACAAUAAAUACAUGCUGCUUGUGUCUCAUGGAGUUGCUAAGGAAGAUUGUCUUCCCAGGAACGCCGGAGAACUGUCCUGUAAGGAUUCAAACCACCCUCCAAAAGCUUCUGACACAAGUGCACCUCAUGCUGUAGUCCUGCAUGAUUUUCCUGCAGAGCAUGCUGACGACUUGGACCUUCAUUCUGGAGACAUUGUUUGUCUUUUGGAGAAAAUUGAUACCGAGUGGUACAGAGGAAAAUGUGGGAAUCGCACAGGGAUAUUUCCUGCCAACUUUGUUAAAGUGGUUAUUGAUGUUCCAGAAGAAGCCAACAGGAAGAAAAUACCCUCUUCAUCACGAUGUAUCAAAGGUCCAAGAUGUGUAGCACGAUUUGAAUACAUUGGAGAUCAGAAAGAUGAGCUCAGUUUUUCAGAAGGUGAAACUAUUAUCCUGAAAGAAUAUGUAAAUGAAGAGUGGGCCAAAGGAGAGCUCAGAGGCACAUCUGGAAUUUUCCCCUUGAACUUUGUGGAAGUAAUUGAAGAUCUGCCUGGAACAGGUACAGAAGCAGCACUGAAGAAUAAGGAGGUUUCAUCUUCCCUUCCUCAGAACAACAGACGCUCAGUAGAGUGGUGUGAAGCGCUUCACGAUUUUACAGCAGAAACCAAAGAUGAUUUAUCCUUCAAAAAGGGAGACUACAUCCAAAUACUGGAACAAGUAGAUUUGGAGUGGUAUAGAGGAAGACUGAAUGGAAAGGAAGGGAUUUUCCCAGCAGUUUUUGUUCAGACCUGCUCAGCCAGGGUAGAGCUGUCACAGCCUGGAGGAGGGAAGAAAGGAAAAGCCAAAGCUCUUUAUGAUUUUCAUGGAGAAAAUGAAGAUGAGCUUUCCUUCAAAGCAGGUGACAUGAUAACAGAGCUGGAAUCUGUAGAUGAGGACUGGAUGAGUGGAGAGAUACUAGGAAAGUCUGGGAUAUUUCCCAAGAACUUUGUUCAGAUUUUAAAAACACCGUGAAGUGUUGCCUUUGUAAUACUCCCUGCGUGUGGGAGAGAAUGUUUUCUACCCUAAAGGCACAGCAAAGACAUCAACGAGUGUUGAUUAUCAAUGUUUUGCACUACUUUUUCUAGACAGUCAUAGUAGUAUCUUGAAGUCAGAUAAGAAAAUUUGAGUCUUUUGUGACAGUGUAUGUAGUCAUGUUUCAUGAAUGCUCAGAGAGCAAAACAAGCAGGCUCUUAGCCAUUUCCAACUAGGGAAAUACUGUGGUGCAACACCAUUUUAACUUAUAUAGCAUUCUAGUAUGUUUACUCUCUGGUAUUACAUUUAUCAUGCACAAAGUCUGCAUAACACAAGCUGCUUUGGCCUUCUUUGAACUUCUUAAGAUCCAGACUUUAAAAAUUGUUUUAAUAUAUAAUUACAGCACUCAGUAUGUAGAUGAAGUUUGAUAUUCAGGUUUCAUUACUGCUUGAGUUCCACAUUAGCAGUAGAAUCCACUUGUUUUAUGACUUAGAGGAUAAGAAAAAUAACUGGUAUUUCAUAGUAGAAAAGUAUCAAAUCUAAUACUGGUAAGAGGGGAAAUGGAGAAAUAAAUCCUUGUGUAGUAUCCUUCUAUUCUUAGCCCAAACUGCUCAUACAGCAAGAUCACAGAAGUAAAAAUUUUAAGUGUUUUGCCUUUUAAUGAAUUCUGUUUAAAUUGGUAUGAAUCAUCUUAGACCUUCCUCACUUUCCCCAAAAUACUUUGCAAGUACAGGUUUAGUUUUUUCCUACUGCCCACUGAUCUUUGAGCACCAUCCUACCCUUCUUUCCCAGCUGAAGUUGGUGACAGUGUUUAUUGAGCUUUCUCAGAUCCAAGCCAUGGAGUAGCUGCACUAUUCCAACUAUUUGCCCCUCCACUCCCCUCAUGGAAGUGGAAAGCCGGUGUUCACUCAGUCUGCAUUUUAUUUGUCACUCAAGCACUGGAACAUACUUCAGUAACACUAUUCCUAUCCUUAACAUGAAGGGUAUUAUACAGCCUUGGGUUUAGUUUUCAGCAGACAUGGGAUUAGUUUCCAGUUUGUUGCCACAUACCAAAUACUCUGAGCAUCUUUAUAAAUGGUCUGUCAAGGCCUUAAGGAAAACAUGCCUGGCAAGAGGUUACUCCCAGCAGCUCUAACCAAGGCACUUGGUAAAAAGCAGCGGUGUAGCUUGACUGACCAACUAAAAUGGUUGAGGUAGUUUCACGUUAUAGGAACUUCCAAUAGUCAAUUCCUCUUUGUAAAUCUGGUUUCUGACAAAAUAGUUAAAUAGAAUCCUGAUUAACUGCUAAUUCCAUCAGACUGGGAUAGAAGAAAUUACGCUGCAAUUGCUUCUUUCACUGCUGCCAGUAUUCCACCCCUUCUGCACUGUAUCACAAAAAGGAACCUGUAGGCUGAUGAGUCAUUGCUCCAGAGACCUGCAGGUCACUGGGUAUCGAGAUACCUUCAACAAGACUUUCCUUCAUGGGCUUGGCAGUUCAGAUUGCAGAGGGGCCAACAGUUGGAGAUGGAUAGACUGGAAACCAGAAUCAUGAGAGACCUUGAGUUUGUUUUAACUUAGUCAUAUCCCUGCUGACAACUUCACUGGUGUGAGCUCUAAGCAUCACAGCAACAACUACCUGCUGCUAUGAGGGACUGGGGUGCACCUGAACUGGGGCCUAAGCAGGCUGGGGAGGGUGCACUGCCCUCCCUGUGCUCUGGUUACCAUCACAGCAGGCAGGAGUAGGCAUAGCCAGAACUGCAGGCAUCCCCCAGCAAGGAAUGGGCAUCCAUUCCCAGUGGGAGACUGGAGCGAGCCUGAGGAACCUGCAGGGCAGACACGGCACCGUUCACUCAGCAGGCACUGCUGGGCCACAGAACCUGCAAAGACAGACCCAGCCCCCCAGCUUUGUGUUCUGUUGUGUUUAAACUACACCAAUACGCUUCACACAACGGGGCAAUGAAGACCACACAAAGUUUUAAUGAGCUGAGGAACUGGACUUCUACUUCCAUUAGGGACUAACAUAGUAAAUAAAAUGCUGAAUUAGGUGCUGUUCUAGAAGGUUGGAAAUGCAACAAUGGGUACCAGCUGUUAUUUAGUUUUAGCAGCCCCAGGAAGCCUGUCCAGAACUCCUGUGGAAUCACAUGGAAGUCCACAGCCAAGGACAAUCCUUCCCACUCUCCCAAGUUUUCCUGUUAAGAGAUUCUAAAGGUUCUUGUUUAUUCCAAAAAAAACCAGUCAUCUCCUAGAGAAAUCCAAGGAAUAGCCAGGUCCUUCAAAGACAUACCGCACCAGUGUGGUGGUAGAUGAGGCUAAAGUGUAUGAUGUUUACUUACUGUUUGUCUGGCAGUUUUUUAAAGUUUUGAUACAAAUCUCAAAAAUAGAACUGAUUUUUUUAUAUUUUUUUUCAAUUUCCUCUUUCCCAUUUUUAUAGCUGUGUCUUAACCAGUUGUUUUUGUAACUUCACUGAAUGUUUAAGUCAGUGCCUGUUCAUUGACAAGACCACUCUGCUGUAUGUAAUCUCCUCCUCCCUGUGGGGCAGGGCAGGAGUAGCAGCAAGGCCUUUUACUCAGAGCACCGAGUGCCAUCUACGGGCUGCUCGCAUGGCUGCAGGCAGCUGAAACGGCGUCUGUGUGAACGCUGAAGCAAGGGAGAUGCUCGGCUUUUACAGGACAGGAUUUUCCUAAGACAGUGCCCAACACCGCCGUGAGACCGCAUACAGAUCACAGUGUAAAAUUCCUAAGGUGUACAAAAAAGCCGAGAACGAGGUGGAGUGCAAAUUUUAACUGCAAUGUAGUAGCAAAUUUCAGCUGUUAACCUUGAAAUCCAGCUAGAUCUCCAUGCAUUAGAAUAAGAGCCUCACCUACCAAAAUAUUUUGUUUGACCCAUCCUCUGGAAAUAUCUUCAGGAAGAUGUCUUUGUUCUCUGUACAAUGAACAGUGUCCUAAAUAAACCUUUGUUAAGUCCAGUAAGUUUGUUAUGGUACCUCUGUAAAUUAAGAAUGUAUUUAACCAAUAAAAUUUUUAUAAUUAAGUCA